GGAGGGCGCCACCCUCGAAGAAGUGCGGGAGGCGGCUCCCGCCGCGGUGCUGCAGUCAUGGAACUAGGGCAGGAGGCGCGGCGACUGGGUUGCUGGGCGGCGGAAGAGAUGGGGGUGCCCGUAGCGGCCAGGGCCUCGGAAUUCACGCUGCGCAGGCUUUGUCUGGGCCAGGGUGCUGAUAUCUGGACCUACAUCUUGCAACAUGUGCAUAGUCAGAGGACUGUCAGGAAGAUCCGGGGAAACUUACUCUGGUAUGGCCACCAAGACAGUCCAGAGGUCCGUCGGAAGUUGGAGCUGGAAGCCACUGUGACCCGCCUGCGGGCAGAGAUCCAAGAGCUAGAUCAGAGCCUGGAGCUGAUGGAGCGAGAGACUGAGGCUCAGGAUGUGGCCAUGGAGCAGGCACUGCAGAGCAUGCGAGACACCCAGCGUCGAGCUCUCCUCCUCCAGGGUCAAGCUAGGGCCAUGCGAAGACAGCACCGUGAACUUCAAGGUUCCACGCAGUGGCUGCAGAAUCAGCUUAGGCACCUGCAGGAGAUAGAGAGGAAGGCCAAAGUGGAUGUGACCUUUGGACCCCUGACAUCAGCAGCCCUGGGCCUGGAGCCCGUGAUCCUGUGUGAUGUCCGAGCAGCCUGCACCCUCCGGGCCCAGUUCCUGCAGAACCUCCUGAUUCCCCAGGCCAAGAGGGGCAGACUCCCAACCCCUCAUGAUGACCAUUUUGGAACUUCUUAUCAGCAAUGGCUUAGCUCCGUGGAGACACUGCUGACAAACCAUCCCCCAGGCCACAUCUUGGCUGCCUUGGAGCAUCUGGCUGCAGAGCGGGAGGCAGAGAUUCGAUCCCUGUGUAGUGGGGAUGGGCUUGGAGAUAUGGAGAUAUCCAGGCGCCAGGCACCGGAGCAGUCAGACUCUGGCCAGACCCUGCCAUCCAUGGUACAUCUCAUCCAGGAGGGCUGGCAGACUGUAGGUGCACUGGUCACCCAGCGGGGUGCCCUCCUGAAGGAGCAUCAAGCUCUGACACAGCACCUCCAGGGCUUAGUGGAGGAAGUGGAGAAACGUGCCCUGGGAUCCAAUAAGAGGCAGGUGUUGAUACUGGGGCUUCGGAUCUCUGGCCUGUGGGCGGAGCUUAAGGCCCUGCGUGCCCAGAGCCAGGAACUGGAGGAUGCAGCUGGGCAUCGGCAGCUCCUACUGAGGGAGCUACAGGCCAAACAGCAGCGGAUCCUGCACUGGCGCCUGUUGGUGGAGGAAACACAGGAACAGGUCCGCCUGCUCAUCAAGGGAAACUCAGCCAGCAAGACCCGCCUAUGCCGGAGCCCUGGGGAGGUGCUGGCUCUGGUUCAACAAAAGGUGGUCCCGACAUCUGAGGCCGUGGCACCACAGAUCCAGGAGCUGCUUCACUGCCUGAAGGAGGAAGUCCGGCAUCUGCCCCAUAUUCUGCUGGACACUCUGCUGCGGCACAGCCCUGGAGAGUCAAAGCCCCUGCCCAUGGUCCUACCAUCCAUCCACCAGCUGCACCCUGCAUCCCCAAGGGGCUCCAGCCUCAUAGCACUGAGCCACACACUGGGGUUGCUCCCAGGGAAGGCACCAGAGCUGCUCCUCCCGGCUGCUGCCUCUCUUCGCCAGGACCUUCUGUCCCUUCAAGACCGGCAGAGUCUCCGGUGUUUAGAUCUGCUCCACAUGAAGACCAGCCUGCCACCGGGACCAUCCACCCAGGAGCUGCUGCAGAUCCAGGCAUCCCAGGAAAAGGAGCAGAAGGAAAGUCUGGGGCGUGCUCUGAAGAGGAUGGAGAACCUGCUGAAACAGGCGCUGGAGCGAAUCCCGGAGCUGCAGGGUGUUGUGAGGGACUGGUGGGAGCAGCCAGGACAAGCUGCCCUGUCCAAAGACCUCUGCCAGGGUCUGUCCCUGCCCUAGUGGCGGCUGCGCUGGAAUCAGGCCCAGGGGACCCUGCAAAAGCUAUACACAUGAAGAGGGGGUGCAAGCAGAAAUCACGAACUUCACAUCUGUUGACCCCAAUACCGCAACUCCCCCAG